GCAUUCCUCUGUGCCUUGAUACUGACGUAGAUGGUGUGGAUAUGUUUUUCUGUCUGCAGCUGACGCUUCCUCUGACUCUUCCUCUGCAAAAUUGGUCUGAUGGAGCAAAGGGACUCAGCGCAGCUCGGUACAAGAAGGAAACAAUGCGACCAGUGUGCAAACAGCACGGAUCGUACUGGAAGUUUGACACAGCACCAGACAACUCACACAGGAGAAAAACCAUUCAAGUGCACUGUGUGUGACAAGGCAUAUGCACAGUCAUCAACUCUUCAGAUCCACCAGAGAACACACACGGAAGAGAAACCUUUCAAGUGCAGUUUCUGUGUAAAGGUAUUUUCAGGUUCAUCUCCUCUGAAACGACACCAGAUAACACACAGGGGAGAAAAACCCUUCAAGUGCACUGUGUGUGAGAAGGCAUUUACAGAGUCAUCACAUUUUAAAAUAGACCAGAGAACGCACACAGGGGAGAAACCCUUCAAGUGCACUGUGUGUGGAAGUGCAUUUGCAGCGUUAUCAAAUCUUCAGACCCACCAGAGAACACACACAGGAGAUAAACCCUUCAAGUGCACUGUGUGUGAGAAGGCAUUUGCACAGUCAUCACAUCUAAAAACACACCAGAGAACGCACACAGGAGAUAAACCCUUCAAGUGCACUGUGUGUGUAAGCGCAUUUGCACAGUCAUCAAUUCUUCACGACCACCAGAGAACGCACACAGGAGAGAAACCCUUCAAGUGCACUGUGUGUGAGAAGGCAUUUGCAAAGUCAUCACAUCUUCAGAGUCACCAGAGAACGCACACAGGGGAGAAACCCUUCAUGUGCACUGUGUGUGAGAAGGCAUUUUCAGAUUCAUCACUUCUUAAAAGACACCAGAGAAUACACACAGGAGAGAAACCCUUCAAGUGCACUGUGUGUGAGAAGGCAUUUGCAAAAUCAUCAAAUCUUCAGAGUCACCAGAGAACGCACACAGGGGAGAAACCCUUCAAGUGCACUGUGUGUGAGAAGGCAUUUGCACAGUCAUCAAAUCUUAAAAAACACCAGAGAAUGCACACAGGGGAGAAACCCUUCAAGUGCACUUUGUGUGGGAAGGCAUUUGCACAGUCAUCACUUCUUAAAAGACACCAGAGAAUACACACAGGGGAGAAACCCUUCAAGUGCAUUGUGUGUGGGAAGGCAUUUGCACUGUCAUCACAUCUUCACAACCACGAAAGAACACACACAGGACAGAAACCCUUCAAGUGCACUCUGUGCAGGAAGGCAUUUGCACUGUCAUCACAUCUUCAAAUACACCAGAGAACACACAUACAUCAGAAGAUCCCCAAGGAGCGGAGUCUGAAAUUGGCUUGUGAAAGUCCAAGUGCUGCAAUGAGCCCAUCCCUGCUGAAAAAAGAACCAGAAUUUAAUUCCAGCUUGGACACAAUUAAAUGUAUCAAGGUGAAGAGCGCAGAAGUGAAGGUGAAAUGUGAAGAAGUGAUGGUGAAGAGCGAAGAAGCGAUGGUAAAAUGUGAAGAUGAAGAUUCAACUCCAAAAUCGGACCUUCACAUCGAUGGAGGCAACGUGAAGCAGGAGGAGAAUUCUGACUGUGAGGCAGAGCGAGGCCAGGACGCCGCCAUCUUGGGUGUGGCCGUGGCCGAACGGCGGGAAGCCGCCAUCUUGUCGCCGCCACAUGGGACGCCUGCAUCGGAAGACAGCAGCUCGGGGACUCGCAGCCAUCGCCUGACGACGAUUAAAGAAUUCUCAGUUGGAGGAGAUUGGAGCGCAUUUGUGUGGCGUUUUGAGUCGGCCGUCCGAUCCGUCAAGUGGACGGAUGCGGAGGCCUUGGAAGUUCUGCCGACGCUCCUGGAUGACAAGUCUUUGAAAUUCUUCCGCUCCAUCGCGGCCGUGAAGAAGGCGACGCUGAAAGGGGCGUUCGACGAAAUGGCAGAAGUGUACGAGCCUCAGGACGACGCACACCAGACGGAGCCCGACUUGUUGGAGCCCUUGAUACUGGGUCAGAUGUUGGAGCUGUCCAAGGACUUGGGCAUUCCACUGCCGGUGUGCGGCCAUGAGCAGCUGACCUCCCGGAUGGCUGCCAAGUACCUCAACAUGCAGUUCAACUUGCGCCGUUGGGCAGAGAUGACCGCCUGGACGGGGAGCCCGACCGUGGAGGGAGACGCCGUCGUGUGGACUCCGUCGAAGGCCGUCUUCGUGCCGGACGAGAGGGGGCCUGGCGAUCUCACUGCGGCGACAGGGCCAGUGGGUUCCUCCAGGGGGAGCAGUGUCGUUUCGGGCCACCGCCGAUGGAUCGCCGAGACGUGGGGGGAGCCGGGCGGCGGGCCGACUCGUCGUGUUACCGCUGCGGGCGUAUUGGACACUUCGCGCAGGACUGUCGGAGUUGCCUUCGCCCGCCUCUUCAACCGGAGUCCCCGGCCAGGGGACGCGCCUUCAACGCCGGAGAGUCAGCCGUGUCAGGUUCGUUCCAAAUUUUGCUACAAUCGCUACGCCGUUGCACCUCCUUACGGCAAAGAACCGGAGGUUCAGCUGGGGGCCGGCGGAGGAGGGAACCACCUGCGCCUGCGCCUCUGCCGCCAAAGCAACCGUAUAUUCCCCCAGUUGGUGGCGUUGGAUAUUCUGGGGCCCUUUCCCCCAUGGCCCGGCUGUGAUCCUGCCGGACACAUGGAUUCUUGCACCGAGUGGGCCUACCACGGCGACGGGGACACUUUGCCCCGCUGCCCCUACAACCCCACCGCGGUUGCAGUUGCAGGGGCCCCGAAUACGGACCUCUCUGGGGAACGGGAUGCUGGGACGGACAAGCCUCCACCAGCGGCGGAUAAUUCCGGUUCCACCGCUCCUAAAUCUCUAUCGGGACUGCGACCUUUGGGGGCGCCGCCUCUCGUGAAGGACGGGCCGUUCUUCAGAUCCACUAGAGAACACACGGAGAAACCCUUCAUGUGCAGUGUGUGUGGGAAGGCAUUUUCAGGUUCACCUGCUCUUAAAAAUCACCAGAGAACACAGGUGCAUCAGAAGAUCCCCAAGGAGCAGAGUCUAAAAUCGGCUUGUGAAAGUCAAAAGUUCUGCAAGGCGCCCAUCCUUAAUGAUAAGAACUACAAGAAAAUCUCAGCUUGGACACAUUCAAAUGUAUCAAGGGGAAAUUUGAAGAGGCGAAGACGCUUGCUCUGCAGAGUUGUUCUGAUGGAGCAAAGGCACUCAGCGCAGCUCGGUACAAGGAGGAAACAAUGCGACCAGAAUGCAAACAGCAUGGAUUGUACUGGAAAUUUGAUGCAGCACCAGAGAACACACACAGGAGAGAAACCCUACAAGUGCACUGUGUGUGGGAAGGCGUUUGCACUGUCAUCUACUCUUAAAAAGCACCAGAGAACACACACAGGAGAGAAACCCUUCAAGUGUAGUGUGUGUAGGAAGGCAUUUUCAGGUUCAUCUACUCUUCAAAAGCACAAGAGUACACACACAGGCGAGAAACCCUUCAAGUGCAGUGAUUGUGGGAAAGCAUUUGCACAGUCAUCAAUUCUUCAGACACACCAGAGAAUGCACAAGCAUCAGAAAAUCCACAAGAAGUGUAAUCUGAAAUCAGCUUGUGAAAGUCAAGAAAACAAUCCCAGCCUGGACACUUUGAAAGGUAUCAAGGUGAAAUGUGAAGAAGUAACAGUGAAGAGCGUAGAAGUGAAGGUUACAUUUGAAGAUGAUUCAACUCCAAAAUCGGACCUUCACAUAGAUGGAGGCAGUGUGAAGCAGGAACUAAAUUCUGACUGUGAGGCAGAGCGAGGCAACUUCCAGGAGUAUGUGGAUGUGUGGGUGGACUUAGACAAUACAAAGUCAAAUGCAGACUUCGUCUUGGUCGAUGGCGAUCUCAUCAACAACCUGAUCAAGUUUGUCAUUGACAUCGUACUCGGACAAACGAUAGGCAAUAAGAUCCUACGGCGCUCCGGCCCAUAUCUCUGCCUCAAGAACGUGGACCGUCUCCGUCUGGUCCGACAUCAAUUAUCGCAAUUUAAAAUGGAGGCCACGGACUGCGCCACAGAGCUUUUAGCGGUUAACAAGCAUCCGAAAGAAGGAAAUGCAGUAAUGACCCAGAUAUCUUCUGCUACAUCUGUGGCAGCUUCACUUUGCAGGAUCAAAGGCGCAACAUCAAUGCCUUUGUCAAGAAGGUUUAUCUUACCUACUUUAAAGUACGACUUGGAGACCAAGACAAAAAUUGGGCUCCUCACAAAAAUUGGUCUGAUGGAAGAAAGACACUCAACACAGCUCAGUACAAAAAACCACCAGUGUGACCAGUGUCCUUACAGCACGGAUCACACUGGAAACUUGAAGCAGCACCAGAGAACACACACAGGAGAGAAACCCUUCCAGUGCACUGUGUGUGAGAAGGCAUUUGUACGGUCAUCACUUCUUCAAACCCACCAGAGAACACACACAGGAGAGAAACCCUUCAAGUGCACUCUGUGUGGGAAGGCAUUUGCACAGUCAUCAAUUCUUCAGACCCACCAGAGAACACACACAGGAGAGAAACCCUUCAAGUGCACUCUUUGCGGGAGCGCAUUUUCACAGUCAUCUGCUCUUGUAACACACCAGAGAACACACACAGGAGAGAAACCCUUCAAGUGCACUCUGUGCCGGAAGGCGUUUGCACAGUCAUCAAUUCUUCAGACCCACCAGAGAACACACACAGGAGAGAAACCCUUCAAGUGCACUCUGUGCGGGAAUGCGUUUUCACAGUCAUCUGCGCUUGUAAUACACCAGAGAACACACACAGGAGAGAAACCCUUCAAGUGCAGUCUGUGCCAGAAGGCGUUUGGACAGUCAUCAAAUCUUAAAACACACCAGAGAACACACGCAACAGAAAAUCUACAAGAAGUGGAGUCUAAAAUCGGCUUGUGAAAGUAAAAGUGCUGCAAUGAGCCCAUCCCUCAUGAAACAAGAACCAGAAGAAAAUCACCACUUUGGCACUUUGAAAGGUAUCAAGGUGAACUAUGAAGAAGCGAAUGUGAAAUGUGAAGAAGUGACAGUGAAGGUUAAAUUUGAAGAUGAUUCAACUCCAAAAUCGGGCCUUCACAUCGAUGGAGGCAGCAUGAAGCAGGAACAGAAUUCUGACUCUGAGGCAAAGCGAGGCAACUCCCAGCAGUUUGUGGAUGUGGAGGUGUGGGUGGACUUCUUCGACAAUACAAAGUCAAAUGUAGACCAGGUAGGUAUGCACGCUUGAGACAAUGAAGCUCCAAUAUAUUCACAUUUGUCACAGGCCUUUAAUGAAAAAUAAUGUGAGGUUGAACACUCAAUUCCUAGAUUCAACCUGCAGAGUUUGAGCGGCCAGUAUUUGGACCUGUGGGUUGGGUAGAUCUCUAACCAGGAGCGACUCAGUAUUUUGUAUCAUAUCUCAUCUUACACACUGGAAGGGCACCCCCAAGUGGCAGCUGCCACUGUGUGCCACAAGGUGACCCUGCACUGGCCUGCAUAUGGACAUAUAGUUUGUAAGUAGGGGGUAAUGAUUGAUAUGCCAGUUGGAUUUAGACCUUGAACCUCUGCAACAAAUAGAGAAUGUACUACCCCUUGGCUUCCCUGAAUAUCGGAAUGCUGCAGAUAUAGGACUCAUCUAGUCAGAGAUCAACUUGUAAAUACGAUGCAAGGAGAUGCAGUACAAUUCACUGUCGUAAUGAUAUGUCAAUGUGCCUAUCAAUAAUUUAGAAUAAUAAUUGUAUGAAUACUUGUCUGAUUUAGAACGUAAAUGCAACGUUGUGUAUUAAUGUCAAACAUAGAAUAUGUGAUGUCAGGACAUAGUAUCUGUUUUGGUAGUAACCUGUGCAGAUAAUUCGUGUGAGAGCAGUUUCUUUGUGAUUCAGUAAGAAUUUGCCCCUGGUCAACUCAUUGUCUUAAAAAUAGGGAACAUAGACGGAUCAUUCAUCAGUUACAAGUCAUACAAAUUUCAAGUUACGUAUAGGAGAUACAUUCUCCACAACAACACUAAUUCUAAUUUUGUAUUACGUUUUUUAUAGCUUUUGUCGAACUGAUCUUGAAAUGCACCUUGCUGAUUAACAUUCGUUGAAGCAAGCCCGAAUACUGUUGACACUACACCAAAACCGGUCCAUAGAUGGCUUGCACUGAAUCAGUGCAGCAGACAUGCCCUCCCAGAAGGCCGUGGUAUUUAUAUUUUGUGUAAAACAUUCCUUUGUUUCGUUAGAGACCGAUGAAUGAAAGAUGUUAGCUGUUUUUCUUAGCAAGGAGAUAAUAUUAAGAGCACAUUUGAAUGCACCACGGGUUUUUUUGUUACAGAUUUGUAUUCUA